AUGUCAGAUCUAGUAGAGUACGCGGUAAUCAACGUGUGUCGGAGUGACGGUCAGGACAAUGGGCCGGGGUAUUGGCCAACCCCUGCCGACACGGCUGCGAAGAACGCGAAGAAGACGGCACUGGAGAAGGUACCAAGAGCGAAACCUCAAAUGGCGCGGUUAGACAAAGAUGAUGCAAGAUUUCAAGAGUGGCGCAUAAAGCUGGGGAUCUUGCUGAAGCAAGAACUCUCUCCAACAGAAGGUCUUCCGUGGCUCAUGAACUUUCCACGGGGCUACUGGCUGUAUGAAAAAUCCAAGCAUCUUUGGGUUUCUGGACACCCAGUAAAGGCGAAACUGUACAAGAGCCCGCAAGAAUUCGGUCUUCAUGUGCUGUGGCUCCUCUCGGGCUCGAUGGACCGAGCUGAUUGCCGCUGUAUUCACUGCAACGUUCGCGAAAUGCCCAACAUGGAAGAUUUGACGGUGUCGGAUACCCCACGACCUCUGCCACCACCGAACAACACUCAACCUCCGUCGAAGAUGCGCAAAAUCACACCUCAGAUACCCCCUGGCGCAGCGGCGUCCCCGGUCCUCGUCCCUGCAACCGCGACAACACCUCCUAUUGCGAAGAAGGAAACACCCGUGCCAGUGCCCCCUCCAAUGGCGAAGAAGGAGACUCCAGUCCCGAUACCGACGAUACCCUCACGCGCGGUACCCGCCCUCGCCCCGGCGCAAGCACCAGUUCAGAUACAGCCUACCGUACAGCAGCAGCAGCAUCAGCAGCACACUCCUCAACCGAAUCAGGCACCUCCUGCUCAUGGGCAAGCACAGGCCCCAUCACAGGUUCCCAUGCAAUCUCAAGUCCAGCAGCCUGUUCAACAACAAGUCCCGCAACAACCUGCACCAGCUCCGGCUCAGACUCAACAGCAGAUCCAACCCCAGGUACAACCGCCGGCACAGCCAGUCUAUCAGCAAGCGCAGUUUCUGCCUUACCCCCAGCCUUAUGGCGGAAUAGUAGCACCAGCUCUGUUCCGCGUCGGAGAACUGGUCUGGUUCCAGAUGUCGUCGGGAUGGCGUUUGGGCAUCGUGGCUGCCACAGGCAUUGCCAACCCCAACAGCAACAAAGCCGAGCUUCAGAUCCUCCCAAUGUCUCACGUCAACUUCAAUCAGUCGCCAAUCCAGACGCUGGAAUCGACAACUCGUCCGUUCCUUGCAUUUUCGGUCCCCAAUGUCAGCAUUCCAGAGCUGCAAAACAAGGCCUACGACGAGGUCAACUGGGACGCAUUCUUCCAGACGCUGACUCCGGAAGAUACGCAUCGCCGCGAAGUUGCACUGCUCGACUCCUCCAAGAUGGCCGCCCAGAAGGUGGGCGUAUCAUUCUCCGUCUUCAGCCGCCUCUCCGAGACAAACGGGGGCAAGAAGAUUGACUACCACGGUGUCUUCCUCGGCGCCGAGCGAAUCGAACUUGGUGACGUUCUCCGCGUGCGUCUUUCCGCCGAACAAGGCGUUCCCCCGGCGGCGGCGAAUCUCCCCGACGCACUCCUCGGCCUCCGUGAGAUUUGCACCGCGCCGAUCGAUUCACCCGGCAACGCCUUCUUCAAGGGGGACAUUUACCAGCCCAUCACAGGCGACAACCAGCCCGUGGGCGGCGUGCCAGUGCCCGAAGAUAAGCUCCCGCGCCCGCUGCGCGACGAGAUGGCGUUCCGCAAUAAGUUUGCCGCGAGCGAGCGCUGGCGCUGCGUGCUGCUCAAGCAGAACGCCGUCCUGCGCGAACCGGACCUCAAGGGCCGAUUCUACCCCACGCACAAGCUCUUGCCCCUGCUCGACGGGCAGGUCAAGGCCUUUGCUGAAGUGCAGCAGGGCAUCGUGCGUGAUGUGCAGCAGCGGCUCAACCAGCGCAUCGACACGUUCAAGACGGCGUACAUUGGCCAGAAGCGCACCCGCGUCGAGACUAUCGGGCCUGCCCUGCCUCCCGGCAGCGUGAUCCAGUUUGAGCAAUCCGUGCAUGAGGAUGGGGUCUAG